AUGGCAUCCAAAACGUCGGCUGAGAUCAAGCCCACGUCGAGCCGGCGGCAUCCGCUCCAACGAUUUGACUCUCCAUCCAAAGGAUUUUCAGGUGCCGUGCAUAGUACCUCAUUUGGUUGGCAUCUCCAAUUCCUGACCAUACUCGGCCUCUCCAUCUCUACUCUGACCUUCAUUGUCGCCCUUUUGGCGGACCUGACAUCCACAGCCUUGGCCCAAUCUCCGGACAUGCCUUCCGACCCUCCCGCUGCAGCUUUCUCAUCGCACCUCUUUAGGUUGAAGAACUACCUAACGUUGGUCGCAGCACCACUGGAAAUUACCAUUUCAGUGCUUUACUGGACAAUAAAGGGCAUUGAUGCAAAACUCCUUGCGAGCCCAGAAAUACCACUACCACCCGUAUUCUUUGAUAUUGGAUUUCAUCUCAUGCCUGCUAUUGUUCUUACUGUAGACUAUCUGCUGCUUUCACCUCCAUGGCCCACAACGCCCAUGAAUGAGUCGGCACCCAUGAUAACUCUUGCUCUUUCUACCAUUGUCGCCUUUUCCUAUUGGAUCUGGAUCGAAAUCUGCUACUCGCAAAAUGGCUUUUACCCGUACCCAAUCUUCCAGAUUCUUACCACCAGCCAGCGCGUGGGCUUAUUUGUGGUAAGUGGAGUCAUUAUGUGGGUUGUUGGCGGAGGGUUAAGAAUCGCAUACGCCAAGGUGAAUGGGUACGAGAGUGUUGAACAUCUAGACAAAGUGAGGAGGAGUAAGGUUAUGGGUGGAAGCGGAAAGUGGGAGUAA